UGGCUAGUUUUUGGCUGAGAAGCACGCACUUGGGAGCUGGUACUCGAGCCAUCUUGAACCUGUUCAAAGGAGACUAUGCCACUGGUGACUGUGUUCACAGACGUGGAUGCCCUGAUUGGAAGCAAGCAGGAGGUUUGCAAAAUGGUUCAUGAUGCCGUGAAGUCGGCUCUUGGGAAGCCUGACCAGUAUAUCAUCGUUGCAUUGAUGAAGGCCGAGUGUGUGACAGUGGCUGGACAAGAAGCCUCAGUGGUCGUUGAGGUGGAUUCCAUUGGUGGUGAUUUUGGAGCUCUCAUCGGAACUAUUGCGAAAGGUCUUCAGGCUCAUGGCGUGGAACCUUCGAAGGUCACCGGAACCUUUCGAGGAGUGAGCUUCAAGGAGUUCGCUAUGAAUGGCAGGCCUCUGGGCUAAGCGCAAAUAGGGAUCAGAGCUUGACAGACUGGUUUGCAACAGCCAAAUCAAAGCGGUGCAGAAAAA